AGCCAUUGAGAGAAGCAGAGAGCAAUGGCUUCCAUUCUCUUAUCUUUAAACACACACACUCUCCUUCCUCUCCAUACAAGAACAAGAACCACCAAAACCACUCUAAAAAUCCUCCGCUUCUCCCACAAACUCCCCCCCUCUUCUCCCUUUUAUUGCAACCAUGAAACUAGACUUCACCUCCGCUGCCAAACCACCACUGGCACUCCUUCCGCUGCCGAUUUCGCCGCCGCGGCCGGCCAAGACCGGCUUCGUAAGGUUCCCAUUAAAAAUAUCAGGAAUUUCUGCAUAAUAGCUCAUAUUGAUCAUGGGAAAUCCACGUUAGCUGAUAAGUUGCUGCAAAUGACUGGUACUGUACAGAAGAGAGAAAUGAAGGAGCAAUUUUUGGAUAAUAUGGAUUUAGAGAGAGAACGAGGCAUCACUAUUAAGCUUCAGGCGGCAAGAAUGCGGUAUGUGUAUGAAAAUGAAGGGUAUUGCUUGAAUUUGAUUGAUACUCCUGGCCAUGUUGAUUUCUCUUAUGAGGUAUCUCGUUCUCUUGCUGCUUGUGAGGGUGCUCUGCUUGUUGUUGAUGCUUCUCAGGGGGUGGAAGCACAAACACUGGCUAAUGUUUAUUUGGCCUUGGAAAACAACCUAGAAAUCAUCCCUGUUUUAAACAAAAUAGAUCUUCCGGGUGCAGAACCAGAUCGUGUUUGCAAGGAGAUUGAAGAGGUUAUUGGUUUGGAUUGUAGCAAUGCAAUACACUGCUCUGCAAAGGAGGGAAUAGGUAUAACUGAAAUUCUGAAUGCAAUCGUUGAGCGGGUACCCCCACCCCGUGAUACUGCUGCAAUGCCUUUGAGGGCCUUAAUAUUUGAUAGCUACUAUGAUCCAUAUCGUGGUGUUAUUGUGUAUUUUCGAGUCAUAGAUGGGAAUAUAAAGAAAGGCGACAGAAUUUAUUUUAUGGCCAGUGAGAAGGAUUAUUAUGCUGAUGAAAUUGGAGUUUUAUCUCCCAAUCAGAUGCAAGUGGAAGAAUUGUAUUCGGGUGAGGUAGGCUACCUUUCUGCUUCUAUCAGAUCAGUAGCAGAUGCCAGGGUGGGUGAUACCAUUACUCACUACAGUAGAAAGGCGGAACAAUCAUUGCCUGGAUAUGAGGAAGCCACCCCAAUGGUGUUCUGCGGCCUAUUCCCGGUUGAUGCAGACCAGUUUUCUGAGUUGCGUGAUGCUUUGGAAAAACUGCAACUAAAUGAUGCUGCAUUGAAGUUCGAGCCUGAAACAUCAAAUGCCAUGGGUUUUGGCUUUAGGUGUGGAUUCUUAGGUCUUCUCCACAUGGAAAUAGUUCAGGAAAGGCUGGAGAGAGAAUACAAUCUAAGCCUAAUUACUACUGCACCAAGUGUGGUAUACAGAGUGCACUGCGUGGAUGAUGAUAUUGUUGAGUGCUCAAAUCCAUCUUUACUUCCUGAACCUGGGAAAAGGCGAUCAGUUGAGGAGCCAUUUGUAAAGGUCUUGUUUACACAGAUCGAACUGCUUACACCGAAAGACUACAUUGGCACGCUUAUGGAGCUGGCUCAAGAAAGGAGAGGAGAGUUUAAAGAAAUGAAAUAUAUCACUGAGAAUAGAGCAUCAAUCACGUAUGAAUUACCCCUAGCUGAGAUGGUAGGUGAUUUUUUUGACCAGCUCAAGUCCAGAAGUAAGGGAUAUGCUAGCAUGGAGUAUACAGUUGUUGGGUACAAGGAAAGUGAUUUGAUAAGGCUUGACAUUCAAAUCAACGGUGAUCCUGUUGAACCAUUAGCAACUAUUGUGCACAAGGAUAAGGCAUAUUCUGUAGGAAGGGCUUUGACCCAGAAGUUGAAGGAGCUAAUACCACGGCAAAUGUUCAAAGUACCCAUUCAAGCAUGCAUAGGUGCAAAAGUCAUUGCUAGUGAAUCUUUAUCAGCAAUUAGAAAGGAUGUCCUGGCCAAAUGCUAUGGUGGCGACAUUUCAAGGAAGAAGAAAUUGCUCAAGAAACAGGCUGCAGGGAAGAAAAGAAUGAAGGCCAUUGGCAAGGUUGAUGUACCUCAAGAAGCCUUCAUGGCUGUGUUGAAACUUGAAAAGGAAGUAUUGUAACUGCAUUAUAAUCUCAAUUGAAACAAAUUAUGAAGUUUUAUUA